UAAGGAAGUGAAGGACACUCUCUAAAGUGCAGCUCUGCCCUUAUUUGUAGCACAUAAGCAAAUGUUUUAACAAAAGGCUGAAAUUUUAAAAUAAAAAUAUUACCCCCUUUUCUUUGAAGGAAAGCCAGGAAGAUUACAAGACUCAACCGGUUUUAACGGAAAAGAAAUAGUGACUGGAAAAACAUAAGGAAGUGCUCAGCUCAAGAGACUUUUUAAGGCCUGUUGGUGCAACUUCAGUGGAAGGGGGCAAGAUGAAUUCAACCAGUGACGCCAACAUGGAAGAGAUCUCUCUGGAGGAUGAGGAUAGAGAUACUGUGGAAUACAAAGUUCUUAUGGCAUAUGCCCAGCGACGACUUUCCGUGAGUAAAUACGGGCAACUUCUGAAAAGGGAGGCGAAGACCUUGAAAGGAUCAUCUACAGAGAGAGAGGAAAGGGAAGGGAUCCCUCAAGCCGGGAAGGGUGAGACACACCAAGAACUGUCAAUCCAGGACAAAGGGCCCACUGCCCAACGUAAAAAGCAAAAGAAGAAAAAAUUCAUCUGGCGACGCCUGCUGCUUUCUUGUGCCAGAGGAGAGAGGGAGGAGGGCCCACAGGAGCUAGCCACGAACCAAGACACUGUGAAUGGGUAUGGCAUAAAAAUGCCAUUGGCACUCCAGAUAUCAGAAGGUGAGGCAAAGGAUUUCCUCCACGUUGCAGACCAACUUGCUAAGAUAGUUAAUGCCAGGUCACACUCAGCUCCCCGGAAAGUGGGUUUCAGAGCACUAGAGCGCACUCCAAGUCUAGAGGCAGAUGGUGGACAGCUCAAAUUCCUUCAGCAAGAGGGAGGUGAAAAAGAUGAAGAAGAGAGGAUAAUAGAAACGAUAGUUGCAUUGUUAAGACAAUCAGGGGAUAAACUGGAAGAAACGAUAAAAGAGGACAGAACUUUCUAUCACUGCAUCACGAAGAUGCUCUCCUAUGCCUUCUUCAAGAAACUCACUGAUCAGUACCUGGAGGAAAUCCCAGGAGAUUCUACCAGGGAGACAGAAGGCAAAAUACAGUGCACUAAAGCUGCCUUUGUGAUGGAAGUUACGACCAGACUUACAGCUGUGGACAACCAUCCUAUGAACAUGGUCCUGGGGUUUGGAGUAAAGUACCUCAAAGAACAUUUUAGCCCUUGGAUUCAGAACCAUGGUGGAUGGGAGAAUGCCUUGGGAUUAUUGGACGAGGAAGAAAUAGAAUAAACUUGAGCGGAUCCACUCUCCAGGGCAUGCUGUAGCUUUACAACAAUCCAAUGCCAGAGUGAUUUUGAAAGGGGAGGGUAGAAGAGAAGAAUGCUGUGACUUUGAAGGUCCCCAAGGGAAGGAAGUGUGAUCACUCUUUUUGAAGCCUUCUGUUAAGGUGGAAAUGUUAAUCAAUAUGUAGGAGAACAAGACUAGCUACUUUUCUCAGUGAGCACACACCUCACUGGCCAUAGAAUGCCACCUUGUGGCUCAUGGCUAACAUGACUUCAGAUGCCUUUUUAAACAUUUUACUGGAUUUAUCUUAAGGUUCAAAUACCACAGUGUGUAAUCCAUGCCAAGAAACACCUGAGUGUAACUGAGCUACAGCUUCAAGGCCAGAUUUUCAUGUGCUCUGAACCCACCGAUGGGGCCAGAUUUUUCCCACAGAGCUCAGCAUGUUAAGUGCCACAAGUGCUUUUCAGAAGCUGGCCCUUAAUGCUAUCAUCUCACCACUUACAAUCAUAUUGGCUCCUGCUCACGCAGUAUACAGUGCUGUCAACUCUCUCUCCAUCUCCCUAUCCAGUUGGAUCCUAUGAAUGAACGAUUUCAGUAGAAGGGUUUGGGGUUGUUUAGGGAGAAGGGGAGGACUAGGAGGUGAGGAAGGUUACUCUUGUCUGACUCUUAGUUCUUUACUUUCAUUGUCUUCUCCUCUACAUAGACCAACCACUGACCCCUUUGCAGAGGUAUUUUUAAUUUGGCCUAGCUCUAUAUUUUUAAUUCUCUGGAGCCAUGUUGUCCUCCUAAGCAUUAAUUUGGCUAGUAAUCCAGAAAAUACUAGUAUUGUGAAGGCUCCAGAGAAUUAACUUGUCUUUUGAGUAGUAAGGAUAAUUAGCCUGGAGAAAGAGAGAUGCUCCCUGUUUAAAAGGUAGAUUAGAAAAACUUCUGAUGAAACAUUCAGUAACCUGAAUUGGAACUUUGACCACUGAGAAUGAGCAAUUAUGCCUCCUGCCUCCAACCAUUGUACUGGAGAGAAUAAAUUACAUGGGUGGGGCAUUUAAACUACAACUGCCAGUGAAACCAUUCCCAAUACUGUUCCUUGAGCUAUAGCCCACAUAGCUGAUAUUCUUUUAACUGGAAAGAGAGAGAAUUUGGAACACUGGCAGAAGCUGCAAAAUCCUGGAGUUCCGUGCAUGACUCUUUAUGGGCAAAUGGUUACACUUCAUUAAAAGUCUCUACCUUCUUUUCUGA